UGGGCGGGGGAGGGAGGGAGGGAGGGAUAGAUAGAUAGGGAGAAGAAGCCCAUCCAUCCAUCCAGCCAUCCGCGGCCUUCCAUUUUGUAAAGUCGUCAAAAUCGUCACCUUUUUUUGUACAGAAUCACCGCCCAAAGCAGGGGGCAGAAAGUUAAUAAGGCGGAGGAGGAGAACGCACGGAGGGAGAGAGAGAGAGAGAGAGAGAGAGAGAGGGGAGGUUCCUCAAAAUUCUUGUUCUUGACUUCGAUGGAGCUGUACGGUCGCAAUCCAGCCAGAAAUGGGUCCCAAUCGGGUCACCAUCCUCCCGAGUGGAGCCCAGUGGGCGCUGAAACCGGGCUCCAAGAUUCAAUGUGGCAUCUGGGGCUCGGCGGCGGCGGCGGCGGUGGGGGGAGCGGGAGCGAGUCCUACCCGGAGCGACCCGGCGUGCCCGACUGCGCGUAUUACAUGCGAACGGGGUUCUGCGGGUACGGUAGCAGGUGCCGGUACAAUCACCCGCGCGAUCGCGCCGCGGUGGUGGCAGCUGUGAGAGCCACAGGGGAUUAUCCAGAGCGACCAGGGGAACCUGCAUGUCAGUUUUAUUUGAAGACUGGGACCUGUAAAUUUGGUGCUUCCUGCAAGUUUCACCAUCCCAAAAAUGGCGGUGGAUUGUUGAAUAGAGUCCCACUUAAUAUUUAUGGCUACCCAUUAAGACUGGGUGAGAAAGAAUGCUCCUACUAUUUGAAGACGGGGCAGUGCAAAUUUGGUAUAACUUGUAAAUUCCAUCAUCCUCAACCUGCUGGUGCAUCAAUGCCAGCAUCUGCACCUCAAUUUUAUUCACCGGUGCAAUCUCCUUCGGUUCCUACUCCUGAUCAAUACAGGGGAGCAUCCACUAGUUUAAGAGUGGCUAGACCUCCUCUUCUGCCUGGUUCGUAUGUUCCAGGGGCGUAUGGUCAUGUGUUGAUCUCCCCUGGAGUUGUUCCCGUGCCUGGUUGGAGCCCUUACUCGGCACCUGUAAGUCCAGCAUUAUCUCCUGGUGCCCGGCCUGCAAUGGGAGCAACUUCGCUUUAUGAUGUAGCACAGCUGACAUCAUCUACCCCAGCUAUUGGUGGAUCAUUUCCCUCCAUUCCUUCCUCCGCUGGACCAUGGGGCAGCAGUCAUAAAGAACUAGUAUUUCCAGAGAGACAUGGUGAGCCUGAUUGUCAGUAUUACAUGAGAACGGGGGAUUGUAAAUUUGGAUCAUCUUGUAGAUACCAUCAUCCUAGGGAUCGUAUAGUGCCAGGGACAAACUUCGUCCUCAAUCCGCUUGGCCUUCCUUUGAGACCGGGAGUCCAACCAUGCGCCUUUUACAUGCAAAAUGGGCAUUGCAAAUUUGGGUCAACAUGCAAAUUUGAUCAUCCAAUGGGGACAAUGAGGUAUAGCCCGUCGGCGUCAUCUCUCACUGACAUGCCAGUUGCUCCUUACCCUGUUGGAUCUUUGCUUGGGACGUUGGCACCGUCAUCAUCUUCAGAGUUGAGGCCUGAACUGGUUUCAGGAUCCAUGAAAGAUUCUUACUCGACCAGGGUGCCGUCUAACGAGACUUCUACUAGUUCUGUUGGACUAAUGUUUUCUCAGACUGGGUCAGUUCCACUAUCUGAUGUACAAUUUUCAAGUCAUAGUUCUGCCUCCUUGAGUAGUAGCAGAAGUACCAAGCCAGGCAACGAUGUUCGUCGAUCGAGCUGAUGAACCAAAAGUAUUCAAUCCCAUUAGCUUCUUUAUGUGGUUAAACCACGAUUACAUAAGGUCUAGAUGUCAGUAAAUUAAUUGUGUCCAUUAUGAUUUGGGAUCCUCAAUUGUUAAAUGAGGGUCUAGCCAACGAGCUUGAUUAUAGCAUUUAGGACUUAAUGAUCUCCUAUAGGGUUAUAUUUUAUAUUUGAAUAAGCUUGCAUACUCUCUGAUAUGAAGUGUUAACCCAUCGAUACACCGGAGGUUGCAGCCAUAUCAGGUAAGGUCAUACUGCCUUUGCUUUAGUUUCUGGAGUUUUGCAGUACUCCUGUGUGUAUAUGUUCUGAUGUUCCUUCAAUGAACUAUCGGAAUAUUAAGAACGUUAGGCUUAUUUUGUGAAUUUAGUCUUGAUCAAGCAGUUCAUUAUUA